AUGUCUCUUCAACUUCCGGCAAGUCGGUGGACAAACCUCGCUGGCAUCGGCUUGUGCCACCCAUCGCACCACCACUACCCCACCAGCACCGAGGAUGUGCAGCGGAUCGUCGAGUUUGUGCGCUCCCAGAAGGGUAAGUGCCGUGUUGCGGGAGGGGGCAGAAGCCCGAACACGGCAACCUUCACGAAUGAGCACCUAAUCCACAUGGAGCCCAUGUCGCGCAUCUUGUCAAUCGACACCGUCGCACGCACCAUCACGUGCGAGGCGGGAGCGGUUAUGGAGGAGGUGAUGAAGUCGCUCGACAAGGUGGGUCUCAUGGUGCGCUGCGUGCCAUCCUACGUCAGUACCACUGUCGGUGGCUGCAUCGCCACGGCUACGCACAGCAGUGGCAUUCGGUGUAAUUGCCUCUCGGACUACGUGCGAGGAUUGAAGAUCGUGGACGGCUGCGCAAUGAUUCGCACGCUGGCCACUGGCAAGGAUGACGCAGAGCUGCGGCUGGCCGCCUGCCACCUCGGCGUGAUGGGCGUGGUCACGGAGGUCACACUGGAGGUGCAGCCGCGAGUUCAGUGGAAGGUGGUGAGUCAGCCGCUGUCCAUGAAGGAUGCAACAAACACUGCGCUCGUGGCGGAGAAGGUGAAGUCGACAGAGUACUACAGGUGGUGGUGGGUUCCGCACACCGAGGGCUGCUACGAAUCCUACGGCAGUGUUGAGGACGUGCCGGACAUGUCCCCCAAAUCCCCACUUCGCGAAACCCUCGGGCUGCAGUGCGAAACUCCGGUGAAGCCGUCGCCUGCUGCUUCGCGGACAGCAAGCAACACCAGCGACAGCGCCGACAGCAGCACCUCUCUUGUUGUGAAGAUGGUCCUCAAGUACAUUGCCACAGACUUCGUACGGCAUCAGAUGGUGGAGUGGAGCUUGUGGGCAGCAUGCCUGUACCCGAAUCUUCAGCCAUACGUGAACAAGGCCUAUCAGCGAGUCUUCUACUCGGCCCCACAGGUGCAGUGCGGGUCGGCGCUGGAGUGCUUCACCUUCGACUGCCUCUUUAAGCAGUGGGCCAACGAGUGGGCUAUUGACGCCUCGCGGGCCGUGGAGGCGUUCAACCGAUUGCGAGGCAUGGUCGACCGUGAGGGCAUGCUACUACACUUCCCUGUCGAAUUCCGCUUCACGGCGCCAGAUUUGUCGGACAUGUCCCCUGCUGUGGGGCGGUCAACAUGCUGGAUUGGCGUGGUGAUGUACCGCCCCCGCGGACGAGAAGCGCGCGACACACACCGCUGCUACCAGGGCUUCUGUCGCUUGAUGGAGGAGAUGGGUGGCCGUCCACACUGGGCCAAGUAUUACGACUGGGGCCAUCACGAGAUAACGGCGGCCUACGGCGACCACUGGAAGCGCUUUCUGGCGCUGCGCCGCAGGAUGGACCCCGAUGACAUCUUUGUGAACAGGUGGUUCAGCAACCUGAUAUCGCCUGACCGCGUGAACAGCACCGAGUGUGCGCACUAG